UAUACACACACACCACACGUGUGUGUGUGUAUGUGUGUGCAUGCGUGCGUGCAUGUGUGUGUGCGCGUAUACACAGAGAAGAUGGUCCAAUUGUUUCGGCCAGACUGUGAGAUUGUAUAGCAAAUUUAAUUCUGAAUAAAAGUUUCGCAUAAACAAGAAUCUGGUUCCGUAAGAAGUUAGCAUCCAAAAUUCUCUAAAAUAACAUCUUUUAAAUAAAUAAUUAUAUACACACAGAGGGGGAGAGAGAGACAGAGAGAGAUUUAUAUACACGUUAAAAUAUAUUUGUAAAUAAGCACCGUGCUCUUUGUUGGAAACAGUUGUAUGUCUAAUAUUGUAUAAGAGCUGCACUGUACAAGAACCAUCAAUACUUUGGUCACUUACCUGGCACAAUAAUUAACUUUUAUUUUUCUAGCGUAUCAAACUUUUGGAGUUUACUACUUCAUGAAACUUUAACAGAUUUUGUCAUCUAUUUUUGAAUCUAAAAUGUAUAGCAUUUUAACUUGGCAAUUAUCAUGUGAUGGCGUGUGUCAACUCACUGAAUGUGAUCAACUUUUUAAUAACAGAUAUGUCAUCGCAUGUACGUUUUAUUAUUUUUAAAUUAACUGAUGUAUACUAAUAAUGUGCAUAAAUUUGUAAGUAAGAAAGUGAUUUUUUAAGAAGAUAUAUCUUGUGAAAGAAACAGAUAAUUUUUAUAUGGUCUCUCAUUCCUUGCCAUAUUAUCGAUAUACAAAGCCCGAGAGUAUGUUGCUACUUAACAUUUAAUUAUCGUUUAUCUUUUAAAAUAUAUACAUGUUAUUGCAUUAUCUUUGCAAUAACACUGGCAAAUACUGAAAAUAGUUGCUUGUGAGUUCCAAAGAUGUGUACGAUAGUGUUUUAGAAAGUGUGAAACUCAUUGCUUUAACUGCCAAUAUUUAUUCGCUUGGAAGCUGCUUCCUGUUGAUUUUCUUUUUUCAUAAAGAUGAAAGAUUGAUGAACUAGACCAAGUGGUAACUUAAUAGGUCUAUUUGUUGCGCCUUAAUUUAUUUUGUUAUCCUCUAUUAAUGUUUUAUUUAUCACUUGAAGCUAGGCUUCGACACAUCGUUUGAUCGUUUUUAUAAUCGUUGAACGAAGAAGAGCAAAAGAAUCUAUGCUGAUACUAUCUUUUAGUGAGGUACAUUAGAAAUCACCGAUGCCUCCCCACAUGAAUUUGUGCUCAUAUACAUACAUGGAAAAUGUAUAAAUGUGUUGAUAUAUGCACAAAUUCACGUGGUAAGGCAUCAGUAAUUCCUAGUGUACGUACAUUUUGAUCUUUUUUUUUGCGAAUAAGUUAAUUGUAAGAUUGUGGAAUAUGUCUCUCUGGACAUGGAUAUACAGAUUGUAAUUAAAAACUCCUUAAUCAUCGGCGAGCAAAGGUUAUUCUUUGUAUGAUACAAUGGAGUUAUGAAACAAAUUAUAUUUAUAAUUAUUAACAAUGAAAUAUUGAAGUUUUUGUUUAGGCCACACAAUUUAUAUUUUCCUCUCCCUCCCCCUUCUCUCUCUUUUCACCCUCAAGAAGUUCCUAGAAAUUAAACGUAUUAAAUAAAAUGCUGAAAGUAACAUCAAUAUGAAUUUUGUCUCUACUAUAGUAAAACAAUGUAGAGGGAGAAAUCGACCAAUUAUUAGGUAAAUCAAACUUUCGAGACAGCUAGAAAAACAAUAGGAAAAUAUUCCCAGCUAGCACAAAGGUUAACAUAAAAGUUCAUAAAGGAUAAUUAAUUUUAAAGAAAGUACCUACAGAAUUAGAAAAAGAAAUAUCUGAAGAAUUAGUCACGAUCGGUUCAAGAAGUAUUUUCUCAGAAGUUUAUUAUAUGUAUAUGGUGCAUGUAAUUUGCAUUAUCGUUAUCGUAUUCUUCUACGAAUUUCUAAAGAAUUACAAUUCAGGAAAGGCGAAAACUCGAAGAAUACUUUGCGAAUCCACUGUGCUAUCUGGGUUGCAAAUGUUGCAAUGAAUGAAAACAAGAUUUGUUCGCUGUGAUAACAUAUUGUUGCAGAGUGAUCAAAAUUCGAUUAAUGUACGUUGAUCGACGAUUAAUUCAUCAACCGGUAGAAUUAACUGAAGCCGAGAGAAAUUAGAGCGGCCACGCCGCGGCGUUUUACUUGAUUCAUGUUCUGUGCACCCUUACGCCCAUUUUACUUCUGCAACUGUAAUUUCGCUACAUACAUUUUCAGGCACUGCCGAUAAAGGGUGCAUUCGAGCAAGACACAAAUUGACACAGUGUAAUACAGAGAAUCAUUUCAUCCUCGUUUAAUAAUGGCAAGCAACAAAGAUAAAACGAUUCACUCUGUUACACAGUGUCGUCUGUGUAUGUACGUUGCACCCAAAAUCUCCACUUGGUGCGUGUCCAUGCUACGCCUAGUUUCAGGAUUAUGUAAACUUCAAAAUUACGUCAUUAUAAAUUAUUGUAAGCAACUUUCUCGCGCAAUGUAAAUUUUAUAAAUUAUAUGUCAGAAUGCACAGCACAGACACGCACCAGGUGGAGACUUUAUCGGUAGUGCCUGAAAAUUGGUACAGCGAAAUAGUUCCAAAAGUAAAAUGAGCAAGGGCGCGCAAAACACAACAAAACAGUCUUGUGAAACGGUGUCAAAACGAUGGCGUAGCCCAUUCUCAGGUUUUCGAUUGUUACGAGUGAGAAGUAGAUACAAGUGUACAUUCGAUACAAUUGGCUGUAUUGCUUUUCAAAAGAAGCCCAGGUGCCAUAUAAAUAAGACUGGUACACAAUGGCGCAAAGUGACACCAUCAUAGCCAAGAUGGAACAUGUAGAAGAGAGCCUAAAAGAUACCUUAUACAGGGUCAACGUAAUCGAGAGAAAACUUAAGACGAAACUACUCACCACGGAAAAUCGAGAGAGGCUGGAGAACGAGCUCGAGGAAGUUAAGGAAGUUCUCGAGCGAAACGAAAAGGAAUUGCAAAGCUUACGGAAAGAAAACUCAAAAACUUUCAUGAUAACGGCGUGUUUAGUUUUUGUAUGUUUCCUUUUCUACGGAAUAUAUAUGAUGACUUUCGGAAAUGUUUAAUACCUGUAACAAAACUCGAUUGUUAUCUAUUUUUGUAAGUUUUUUUUUUGUAUACAUGAUACAAUUGUCGAGGACACAGUUUACCAGUUGCCAACUAUAAAAGCCAGGUUUUAUAAAUGUCGAAUUUGUCUUUCAAAGAGUGUGCAGAAAAAGUGAAUCUAUGAUACUUCAAUUUUCAUGUCUUUGUUUUUUUUACUGUUAAUUAGCUACAUAUAUGUAUCAGAGUUUAUGUCGCGAUCAGGAGUAUUGCCAAGAAUAUAAUCAACACCAUCCGUAUACAAA